AUGUCGUUCUACAGUUGUAAGUACAAAACGUAUUGUAUUAAAAUUGAAGUUGUUGUUAACUCUGUUACUGGGACUGCAUGUUUUGUUUCAGAAGGAGAACCAGGUGCUUCUCAUGACACGAGAUUGUUAAAAAAACUUCUGAUGAUAUUAACACCAUGCUCAAUGGUACUAAACUCAUUGGCGACAAAGGUUAUAAAGGAAUUCAGUCGCUUAUCCCCAAUGGUUUUGUUUCAACAGAGUCUUUACUUUUGGAAAACAGAUGUCUGGUUGAACGUUACUUUGGACGUCUCAAAACUGUUAAUGCAUUUGCCAGAAAGAAAUACAACAAAGAUACUGUUUUAUACGAUGAUCUAA